CUCAACAAUUAAUCUCCAAAGUUCAUUUUGGUCCUUGGCAAACAAUAUAUAGCUUAUAAAAAAAUAAAGAUGGCUAACUUCAUCGCAGAUACGAAGAAUAAGAUUCAAGAAAUGUCCGAAUACUCUGUUUCAUGUGGAAAAUCUUCUAAAGAUCCACAAAACCAAGGACCGAUGUCAAUAAUAGAUGAACCAGGACGGGUGGUGGUACUUGAACCACCACCGAUAAAUGAAGUAUUUGAACCAGCACCUAUAGAUGAACAAGGACGGGUGGUGGUACUUGAACCACCACCGAUAGAUGAACCAGGACGGGUGGUGGUACUUGAACCACCACCUAUACCAAGGACGGAUGAACAAGGAAAUGCACAAGGACAAGAAGAUGAACAAGAAGAAGGGAUCCAUGAUACAAUAGCACAAAGAGUAACAGCUCCGCGCAAACCGCCGCCACCUAACCCUAAGACUGGUUGAUAUAUAAUACAAGCCUUGGAAAUUCUAAAGAUCGUUCAUAUGAAAAAACUCGUUGGCAUGGUUGUAUACUUGUAUUCACCUAAUUUUUAUUUACCUUCCCAUUUCCGUUUAAUUAUGUUACCUUAUAUAAUUAUUAUGGAUGCUGCUGUUAUUAUUA